ACACGCGCGCGCUGUUGUGAGGGUGUUUGUUGUAGAGGCUUCAACAAAAGGAGGCUGGAGUGUGUUUGGGAAUGUGGGGACGGUCUUCACAAAUGUCUUCAGAAGGAUUGUGGAAAUGAGUCAUCGCUGUGCACGAGGGGAAUACUUGUGCGUGUGCGUGCUUGGGGUGCUCUUCCUGUCUGGGAGGAAACACGGCACUGUUUUUAUGGGGGAAAGAGCGCAAGUUUUGUUUGUCCCGUGCAAAAUCGGGAGAGAUUUACGUGAGGCAAAAGUUUGCCGUGGAUUUGGAAGGAAACACAUUAACUUCUCAUCUGUUAGACCAUCUGAGGAAGCUCGGAAGCGUUUCUGUGGGGAAGACAGGUUUACCACAGACUGCUUGUGAUCUCUGAUAGCCUGGACAGAUGGUGGAGCCGAGGGCUGCAUGGGUCCAGUGGUCAUGCCCCCAGGGAAGAAGGCGGAGGGCCCCAGCAGCGGGAGCGUGGCGCGGGGUCUGAGUCAGCUCUACCAGGACACCGAGGCAGCUGACCUCUCUCUGGCCCUGUCUGCCUCCCUCAGCCGGGCCGAGGACGAGGAGCUGACCAGCCUCAGCUGGCUGCACGAGAGCACGGAUCUCCUGACCAGUCUGGGUCACUCGGGCCUGCGCAGCGUCAGCCCCCUGCAGGACGCUAACGGAGGCCGCGAGCCCUCCUCCUCGCCGUCGUCCUCCCCUGAGCCCAGCGAGCCACCGUACCACCUGUCCACGGGGCCCAGCCGCAAACCACCCUACUCCUUCAGCUGCCUCAUCUUCAUGGCAAUAGAGGACGCUCCCUCCAAGCGACUUCCUGUCAAAGACAUCUACGGCUGGAUACUGGAGCACUUCCCCUACUUCGCUAGCGCCCCCACUGGCUGGAAGAACUCAGUGCGUCAUAAUCUGUCGCUAAACAAAUGCUUCAAAAAGGUGGAUAAGGAUCGCAGUCAGAGUAUAGGAAAGGGUUCACUCUGGUCUAUUGAUCCUGACUACAGACACAAUCUGAUUCAGGCACUAAAGAAGACUCCAUAUCAUCCGUAUUCCCCUCGGCUUCCAAAACCUUCUACCUCCCCAUCUGCCUCUCCUCAGCAAUACCACAGUCCUCCACUAUGGCCAGGAAGUCCACUCUUCAGAAAGAAUGGUGGAGUGCUCUUACAAGUUCCACAGAGAGUGAUACAGCAUGGCUCACGUGUUGCCGCUCAGGGGCUCUUUCCAGUUAUCAGACCCCUUCCUUUGAGUCCUGUGAGCAAGAGGACCACAGCCGUGAGAUCAGCCCUGGGCGAUUUUCUGACACGGGGUAAAAACAGCCUGCGCAGUGACUCUCCUCCACCCAGCGAUGAUCAGCAGGAGGACCACACAUACAGCAGCUCGCAGUCCCUAAAUACACAGGGGGACGUUUCUUCCUCGCUGUCCUCCUGCUCCACUCAGGGUUCCCUCUCUGCCUACAGCCCCGGUCAGGAGGUGACGCACACUGAGGUCAAAGAGGAGCAAAAAGACUUCCCGCUGGACGCCACACCACCUCCUUCCCAGCUGCUCCAGCACAGAAGACUGCUGUGGACCAAAGGUCACCUGCGGACCCCCGGCGACACGCUUCCCCUGAAGAAGAGACGGGCCGAAAAGCUCCUGGUCAAAGAGGAGGAAGACGAGGAGAUGAAGGAGGCGGCGGGGUCGUUGCUCCACCUGGCCGGCAUGCGCACCGGUGUGAAUAAAAACACUCAGCGUACGUGUAAAAAGGAGGUGAAAGAGGAAGCCAGUGAUUAGCGAUGAACGAGAAAAUCCCGUUAACACAGAUCUAAAUACUUCUGUUCCAGGAUAUCAGGUGAAUUCUAGUCAGCUGUUGCAAUAUCAAAUAAAAUCACUGUUGUCCCUUGUUAAAUUGGAUUUUUCCCAGGUGAAAGAUUCUCAUGUUCAUGUUGUUUUGUGUGUGUGUGUGUGUGUGCGAAAGUGUGCAUGUGUGUGUGUGUGUGAAGAGGGAAAAAAGCCAUAGUAGAAUUUGGGUCAUUUGAGUGUGUAAGAACAUAUUAAUGUUUCUCUCUUUUAAUUCAUCAAGCCUACCGAACAAUUUAAGUGAAUUAAGUUGUAGCAAUCCUUCUAGUUCACAUCGGAGAGAUUUUAUAUGCUGCUCUCAAGUGUGCCAAAGAUAUGAUAUCUGUCGAUGAGCGUGCAGCUAAUCCAUGCACACUUGGUAAGACCAAUAAUAGUUUCAAAAAUAGUGAUACCAACCUGUAUUACAAAAAAACCAUCCGGUGAAUAUCUGGGUCAGUGACAUGAUGCUCUGUUGACUUGCUCUGGAUUUAUUGGUUUAUUAAAAAAGAGAUUCAAAAUGCAAUUCAGAUAUAAAAAUGAGUCGAAUACAACUCUUCUAGGACGGGCGUGUUUUUCAUUUCUGAAUUCAUUUUGAUAGUUUUGAAAAUGUCAUUGUGAUACAACUGUCCCCAACACAGGUUGUAUGGCAUUACCUUUUAUCGUUUCUUUUAAAAAGUAAUAAUAACUUUACAUUAUUUGAUAUAAUAUUUUAACAAAAAUGCUCAAUCGAAUUGCCAUUAAAUGACAUUUCAAAACUCUUGUAGACCUUUAUGUGUGUGAGUCCGAUAAUUUGACAACUAUGUGAUAUUAGGAAAGCUUUUUAACUUGAAAAAUGUAUUUCAGUUUUAUGAUUAAGAUGCGUGCACACCACGUGUAUGUAAAGUGUAAAGAAAGUAUAUUCUUUUUAUUAAUUAUAGGUUGCACCACAUGACCUUUUUAGAGUUAUUACAUUGAAAUGGUGUAAACGAACACAAAAAGUACUUAGCAUGUUUUAUUAUGUCAUGGACUCAUUUAUUUAAUAAGCAGCACAUGUUUUGUUUCAAAUGGCCUGUGUCCGGUGGAUAGCAAACGUAAAGGCUUAAAACAUUUCUUAUUUGAAGCACACUAAAACUAAUCAUUUUUGGAAAAGCAAUGUGUCACAAAGGCCUAUUGUGUUGGAAAAUGUUUGUGUGUUUUUUUUUUUUAUACAUUUGUAUUAUUAAUAUUAUUAUUAUUAAUCUUCACCACAAUCCAAGCAAUUUGUCCUGUCAGGAUAACCCUGUAAAAAAGUUACUCCCUUUUUUCCACAAAAGGCAGUUUUUGCCUGUUUUUCUGUUGUAUUGCAUGGGUGCUUGUACAUAAGAAAGAAGUAUUUCCUUUUCUAAAUGAAAGAUCAUGUAAGAUAUUUAGCAUGAGGCAUGGCUUAUUUUCUUACGAGAAAACCGAGAGAGGCGUCUCUUCAAGCGUAGGUUUCUUUCUUUACUCCUUUUUUAAAAAAUUGUAUCUCUCUUCUGCGGCAGACAACUCUUCCGAAGGAAGAGACUUCACGAAAACACAUUAAUGAACAGAUCUGCCUUGUAUUGAAUAUCAGGUCAAACUGAUUUUGCCUUUUUUGUGGUCCUGGGUUCGGUUUCGUGGUCCGUUUUCAAUCCAUUGAUGUAAGUGUUCAAAUGUUGUUAAUAAUCCGUGUUGGAUGACCUAUCGAUCUGUACACCCUUUAAGGUUGUGCCUGCCUUUAGUUUGUGUGCUUGGAUGUCUGUCCUGUUCAUUUGUAACGGUCUGAUACUCCGUCAUUUUCAUUGUGCAAUCUGCAGCAUUGAUAUCAUAAAUUGUACUGAAAUAGUUUGACAAGGAAUUAGAAUUGGCUUUAGGAUAAUCCCUUAUUAGCAGUCGACCUUGGCUUGUCGGUUUCCUUUAUGUUUUGCUUCCAGCCCUCAUGAACUUCAUCUGUGAAUCUGAAUGUCCAAGUGUGCGAGGGUGUCCUACAGUAGCCUUAAAAGCAAUAGUUCGCCCCAAAAUAAAGUGUAGAUGAGCUUGUUUCCUAGAAAGAUUUAGCAUUACAUCAUUUGCACAAGUAAUCCACAUGACUCCAGUCCAUCAGUUCAUACAUGGUGAAGUGAAAAGCUGCUUGUUUGGAUGAAACUAAUUCAUCAUUUAAGGCAUUUCAACUUUAAACCAUUUUGUAAACUGUGGUCGAUGUGUAUAUUUCUCUCCUGAUUCAGAUGAGACGACUUACAAUAUUAUUGAUGGCGAUAUAAAAAAAAAUGCCGGUAAUGAAGGAUUUAUUUCUUACAAACACACAGAUGGAGUCAUGUGGAUUACUUGUGUUUUUAUCAGCUGUUUGGUCUCUCAUUCUGACGGCACCCAUUCACUGCAAGAGGAUCCAAUGGUGGUGAGCAAGUGAUUACUGCUAAAUUUCCCCAAAUCUUUUCUGAUGCACAAACAAACUCAUCUACAUCUUGGAUGGCUUGAGGGUGAGCAAGUUGUCCACAAAUUGUCAUUUUUUGGGCGAACUAUUCCUUUAAUGUUCUGCGGUGUUUUGCUGGACAUCGGUCAGGGUCAUGCAUAUAUUUGCUACACAAAAUCGAUCGCAAUGUUUACACUCCACUUCUGCUUUAUGUAUGAAUCGCUUUCUGAAUGUUAUGUGUUCCUAGCGGGGAAUAGCACAGAUGUCAAACAUUUUAAAAUGCUUUAGCUCCAUAUUUCAGUACUUUUAAAAUAGGACUAUUCGGUCUAGUGAUGGAGCAGCACUGUAAGUGUGAGUACGAUGUAAAAUAAGAGACGUACGGCGGGAAGGCCCUACUUUAUUAUAGACAAUAAGCUGCUGCUAUACUGUUUUUGCUUUAAAUUUAUGCCAGUCCCAUGAUAUGCCAUUUGUUUUAUGAUUUGUUUUUAAUUGACCUAAUGGCUAAGAUUCAUACAAAUCCAUGUAAGACAAAAGGGGGAGAAAAUAUGCAUGGAUUAUUUAUUGGAAAACUCUCACUGCCUUUGAAAUUAAGUGUGAAAUAAUAAAAAGGUUUUGUCAAUGUUGUUGAUGUUGUUUGUUUUUGCCAAAUAUGUUUUGGUCCUUGUACUUGUGUAAGCCACCAGUGGUCUGGGAUGAUUUUUAGAGCACAGUAUGAAUAUGUAUUUGACCAGGUCUAUCUUCAAUACACUCAGAUGCCAAUGCUGUAUGAGUAUAAAGCUGUCUAUUUCCUUGGUGUGCAAUCAUAUUGCCAAAGAACACGAUCAAACUAUUUCAUCAAUACAUGUAAAUAACCACACUGUCUAUAUGCGAAUAAAUGUCACAUCAUAUUGUUACUUUUCCACAUAUUUCUCCUGAAACUUCAAAUAAUGUUUAUGUAAUGUAUUGUCUUCCAGUUGCAAUAAUAAAAAAUAUCAGAGUUUUAAA